AUGACAGAAGCUCAAGCUGAAGAGCUCGUGAACAGCCAUCGAGCUCUCUACGAGCAGGCUCUCAAGCGACGUGAGUCCAUAGCUAACGCUUCCAAGAAGAAGUGUCUUCAUGCGCUCUCAGGUGUGCCACCUCCUAAGAAAGGUGGCCGCUCCGCCAAGCCCGCUAAGAAGAACGGGAAGAAGCAGGGCAAAAAGGGUGGAGGUGAAGCACGUGACGCAGAUAACUUACCUGAUCCUGAAACUACCCAGGAGCCGCCUGAGCCAGAGUCUUACGGUGGCCAACCAACGGGCCUGACUUUCCUGCAGCAGCUUGACGCCAACUCUCAACUGGACCCACCUCCGCUCACGAGUUCUCAGCAGCAGCAUGACCUUCACUUCCUCGCUGACGCAACUACUGGCGCACUGGCUGGAGAAGUUUUAACGGAUAACCGGUCCGCCUUCGACAAGGAGCUAGACGAGUCUAGCGAAGCCAACCAGAAAAUUGCCGCCGCCGAGGCCGAGAGCGAGACUCUUCGUACCCGCGUGGCUGAGCUCGAGGCGGAACUGGCGGUUGACAUUCCAGAGAAGUCUCCUGACAACCCCAUGGUGAACAUAGAUGUGCUGACCAAGGACAAGGAUGGCAACGUCAUCCUGAAGACGAGCCUCAUUUCUAAGGAGUUUUCGACUAAGGCGCUGGAGACUUACACUUGGCUGUCAACACCCGUGGAGCAAAUGGAGUUUUUCCCUACUUGGGAAGUGUUCCAGCCGCAUCUCAUCGUGAAGUACCGACUUUGUGGAGUCAAUCAUGACGAGUACUUCUUCGCAACAGGUGGCAAGAUUGAGUACGAAAAACUGGCGAUGAAGGUAAUUAAGACAAAGCGCUCGAACACGCACAAGAAAAUUCGCUUUUAUGCUUAG